CAAUGUUCAGCUGAUGCCUACAGCCAUACAGACUCUGAGUUCUUGAGAUCUGAAAAUAAUCAAAGCCGAGAUGCUGGAUCAACAGCUUCGACUGCUAUUCUCGUUGGCGAUCGUCUCCUUGUAGCUAAUGUUGGAGAUUCUAGAGCUGUCAUAUGUCAGAGUGGAAAUGCCAUUGCUGUUUCAAGAGAUCACAAGCCUGAUCAAACAGAUGAGAGACAGAGAAUUGAGGACGCUGGAGGUUUUGUUAUCUGGGCUGGCACAUGGCGCGUUGGUGGCGUAUUAGCUGUUUCCCGUGCAUUUGGUGAUCGUCUCUUGAAGCAGUAUGUGGUUGCAGAUCCUGAAAUUCAGGAAGAGGUGGUUGAUGGAUCUCUAGAGUUCCUCAUCCUCGCAAGUGAUGGACUGUGGGAUGUAGUCUCCAAUGAGGACGCUGUAGCCAUGGUCAAACCCAUUGAAGAUCCAGAACAGGCUGCAAAGAACCUGCUGCAGGAGGCUUCCCUUAGGGGAAGUGCUGACAAUAUAACCUGUGUCGUCGUGCGGUUUCUUGGUUGCAUUAGUGAGGAUAACACUCACAGCGUACAAGAGCAGUGAGGUUGGAAUAAAAUUCACUUAUAAAGCUUUUCUCUAGUAAAGCAAAAGGCAUCAGAGGAAGGUAUGUUUUGCAUAUUUCAGUACUGCAAGCAAUGAAAAGGAAUUGAUUUUGCUAGCUCAAG